UUUAUAGGAUGUCACGAGAUUUAGGACCCGUGCUGGUAAGAUGAAUGCUCCUGACCCUUUGAUUGUGGACUACGUUAAACGUGCGGGAUUUGGUGAGGUAAUGAACUUAACACAUACCUCAGUUGAUAUGAAGUUUAUAUUAGCAUUGUGUGAGCGUUGGAGGCCUGAGACUCAUACUUUUCACCUUCCAAUGGGUGAAUGUACCGUCACUCUAGAGGACGUGUACAUGUUGUUGGGUCUCAAAACAAAUGGAAAGGCAGUGUAUGGAAAUGUCCAACAACCAAACGCCCUAUGCGUCGAAUUGUUGGGUGUGGAUUUAAUAGAGGGUGAGGGGCAACAAAGGGGUAGGGGCCAAGGUAUAAAGCUUGCUGGCCUUCAGCUAGCUUAUGCUGGGCUUCAAUUGGAUCAGUUUUCUGACGAAGAAACUAUACUGCAGAAAACUAGGAUGUAUAUUAUGUUGUUGUUUGGUAAGUUUCUAUUUCCCGAAGGCACGGGAAAUAGUGUUAAUUUUAUGUACUUGUGUUUACUUGGGGACAUUGAUGCAAUAAAGACAUAUAGUUGGGGUUCGGCUGUGUUGGCAUACCUAUAUAGUUCCUUGUGCAAAUGUGCAAAAAAGGAUAGUUGUACAUUUAGUGGAUGUGCAUUCUUGCUACAAGCAUGGGCAUGGUGGAGAAUGCCGGUAUUGGCCCCUGCAAAUCCAAACAGUUACGCCUUCCCUUACGCUUCAAGGUUCAAUGCACUCGGAAUGGAUUGGUCCAAAACGCCUGAUUCCAAAAUCAUUUUCUACCGCCAAAUAUUAGAUCGACUAGGACCCCAAGAAAGACUACUGAUGGGUCGUGCUCAGCCUAAGAGUGAAGUUUAUAAACAUGUUGAACUUCAUAUUGAGACUGUUCAGGAGAAUAUUGAGGUUCAUAUUAAGGCGGGCUCAAAUUACUUGUUCAGUUUCAGAUUGAACUGGAAUAAGUGUCUGAACAAAGUUGAUAGCAAUAUGCCUGGUUUGAGAGAAAUGGGGUUGAGAUGA